UUGUUUAUUUCACUGUCGGCGUGGAAAUGUACACCUAAAUCGCUGUGCAUUUCAGUCACGAAAGGUGAGAGUCUUCGCGGGAAAUUUUACCCGCGUCAAUCGAUGGAUAUGACUGUAAGAUAGAAUACACAGUGUGCCACUAGGAUUUUUAACCUCGAGAGCAGUGUGUGUGAGAUUAGAAUGCAAAAAAGCAGUUUCGUAACAACCUUUUGCUUAUUUCUAAGACGAGAGAUUUAAACGCAGUUUGUUAGUCUUUUGACCGUCGCAAAUUAUAUGUAAUCUUUGUUCAUCGCCGAAACAAGAGCGGCAAGACCUAUUGUUUUGAUAAAUCUAUCGCGUUACAACAGGUCCGCAAGUGGUUCUCAGCUUAGAAUGGCCGAGAAUUGAUGACAAAAGACAGGCCUGUUUGUCGUGCGUUUUUGUGUCGUGUACAUUGUACGCGCUAAUGGUAAAAGGAAACGUUCAUUGAAACCGGUGUCAUUUCUGAAGGAAAUUCAUCUGGAUUUCGCGUGCCCUUAAAAAUGAAGAGACCGUUGACGCUUUUUCACUUCUUCAAAGAGAACUCGCAAUGACGGAAAAAUUGGUUAAACAAACACUGUCCAAAGAACUCGCGAACGAGUUACGCUUCUGUGCUUCCUUGACCAAUUAGGGAGCCCUCACUUAAUUCAAGUUCAAACUUCUUUUCACGGUGAUGUGUAAAGAGUUCUAUCGAAACAAUAGUUCAUUUGCAUAUAUAACUUAACGAUAAACACCAUUGGGAAUUGGCUUAAAAGUCUUGCUUAGCUGCUUUCUGAUAAACACUGGAUGUGAAUGUUUAAAAUGCUAUUUAAUUUGCUACUGAAGUUUUCGUUGUUGAGCAAUGCAUCGGAGACAACUCAAGUCGCGUUUAUCCUUUUGAUGGCCGGAAAGAACAUCUUUGUUUGACGAAAAGCCUACUGUUAUUGAAAUAUACACGUCUUAUCGCUGACUUUAUCGCUAUACAAUUUCAUGACAUUUGACAUAUCGUCAACUUGCUUUCAGUAUUUUGUGUCCAAAAGUAUGUAUUAAGCGUUUAAUUUCCGCUGUUUGCUUUGAAAAGUAAAGAGUGAAUCUGUGGACGCUGUUUGGUGUUUUGGGUGGCAGUUCGUUGUGGGAGAGCAGUUUGGUACUGUACGUUGUCUUCGCCGGCUUCAAUCCCUUUGAUCUCACUGACUUUUUUUUGUACAUUUUUGAAAGUUCACUUUGAUUCUUGUUUUUCUGUCUGAUAUUAUGAAAAUUAGGAUAUACAUGAAAAUCGUUGUUCACACAUAAUUUUGACAUGCACUGCAAUGAUUGUCACACCAAAAGCUGGACAGCAGCUUCUGUUGCGUGAAACGGAAGUUAAAAUGUUUUAACCGGAAGUGACAUUUCGAUUCUGUCACGUCACGGUUUCACUCCCUGCACUCUCUCUUAAUUUCUAGUUGAAAUGAUAUCUUGUAAUCUCCUAGGAAUUUUCUUAGGGAGGGUAGUAAGAUUCGUGUGGAAAAUCUCUCCCGGUGGGUUUUAGCGGCGAACGUGUGUUUGUCAAUAUAAUCCUGAACCGAGAAUUUGUUUCCUUGAGUCACGUGACGAAUUCAAGGGCAUGCGCCGAGCGCGAAAUUUGAUUUGGCAAAAACGGUUCGGAAAGGAAGAAGAUACCGUUUCAACGGCGUUACAUCAUUUCCUUUUCAAGCAUGCUGGGUUAACUUUCGCUGAAACUUUUACCACAUUUUUCUACUCUAAUCAAGUGUGAUAUUGCCAUGAGAAUUCAUUUGCCUGGUAGAGGAAAAGAAACAUCAAUCAGUGGAUAUGAAAGUGGGGAAGGAGAUAACAUUAGAGUGUACGUCCGUGUCAGACCACCAGAUAAACACCUUGAAACAGAUGUUGACCGUACACCAUGUUUAGAAGUGACGUCGGGGAAUACAGUGGUGCUCCAGUCUAAGCCUGAUCCAAAAAACUUCUCAUUUGAUCAUGUAGCUGAUAUCAAUGCCACUCAGGAAGAGGUAUUUGGAGCAGUUGGAAAGAAGAUUGUAGAAGGUUGUGUGGCAGGUUACAAUGGAACUAUUUUUGCUUAUGGCCAGACAGGUUCUGGGAAGACAUUCACCAUGCUUGGGCCUGCAGAGGGAGAGGAGGAGAGUUUUACUCAUCAGCUCCGAGGAGUCAUACCACGUGCCUUUGAAUACCUUUUCAGUCUCAUAAACAGAGAACAGGAAAAGCAUGGUGAACGGGUAGAGUUCUUGUGUCGUUGCUCUUUCCUUGAAAUCUACAAUGAACAGAUAUUUGAUCUGUUAGAUCCUGCAUCAACUGGUCUCUCAUUAAGAGAAGAUAUCAAGAAAGGUGUAUUUGUGGAUGGGCUUCUUGAGAGAGAUGUUGCUAGUGCCAGAGAUGCUUACAGGGUGCUAAAUUCGGGCUGGUUAAACAGGAGAGUGGCUUCAACGUCAAUGAACAGAGAAAGUAGUCGCAGUCAUGCUGUUUUUACAGUAGCUUUAGAAUCCAAGGAACGUAAAGCUGGCAUGGCUAGUAUCAAGGUGUCACGCCUUAAUCUGGUGGACUUAGCGGGAUCUGAAAGACAGAAGGAUACACAUGCAGAGGGUCUCAGACUCAAGGAAGCUAGCAGUAUAAACAAAUCUUUAUCAGCUCUUGGUAAUGUGAUAAUGGCCUUAGUUGACAUAACCCAUGGAAAAACGAGACAUGUACACUACAGAGAUUCUAAGCUCACUUUUCUUCUAAGGGAUUCUUUGGGUGGCAAUGCCAAAACCUAUCUAAUUGCCAACGUACACCCUUCAGCAAAGUGUUUUGGUGAAACAUUGUCCACUCUGAACUUCGCCAAAAGGGCAAAGAUGAUUAAGAACAAGGCUGUGGUGAAUGAAGAUGCUACAGGAAGUAUUACUGCUCUUCAAGCUGAAAUAAGAAGACUCAGAGAGGAAUUGGAGAAAGCUAGAGCUGGUGUCCCAAAGCAAAUCACUAGACAAGAAUCAACGGAAGCUGAACGCAACAAGAGUUCUCGUGGCGAGGCGUGUGUAGCCCCGGACAGUAACAACAAUAACAAAAAUAAUUCAGGAGUAGACUUCAAUCAACAGUACCGAGAGUGGAAGGAGAUGAUGGUGGCGGCCACUGCUGCUAGAGAUCGAGCUGAACAAGAAAAACAGUGCUUAGUUGAAAAAGUACAAAAGCUCGAAGAGCUGUGCAGUAAAAAGGAGAAAUUCUUACAGUCGACAAAGAUGAUCCUAAAGUUUCGAGAAAGCACCAUUUCCAGACUGGAGAGACUAAGAAAACGAGAAAAGGAAGGCUCCGAGGGACAGGAGGACGAGAAGGAUAGAGAAAUUCAACUCCUGAAGGAAGAAAUUGCAGUCUUGAAAGACAAAAUUGAACAUCAUCCAGAUGUCACAAGGUUCGCCAUGGAAAAUCUGGAGCUUAGAGCGGAAUUGAAGUGCAUUCGGUCCCUUGAUGAAGAUGGAACUGAUUGCGCUCAGGACCUUGCUAAGAGUCACCGAUACACGCUACAGCUUGAGAGGCAACUCAGAGAACUUCUUCAGUCACCUCAAGGAAGCGAACUGGAAAGAAGUCUGUCCAACUCGUUGUUGAACUUAGAAGCUUCCAAUGCGGAGCUGGAAAAGUUCAAACUUGAACGAGCACAGUUACAGGCUCAGCUGGAAUCAAAUCGCGAGGAGCUGACAGAGACUCGCGAAAGCUUGCAGCAGAUGAAGGAGAAACUUGUGGGACAGGAAGAGAGUUUCAGAAAGAAAUGCAUCGAUUUAGACGCUGAUGUGUUAUCCCUUAGAAAAGCCAACGCUGAACUAGAGAGAGCACUUGAAGCGCAUCAACUGAAGACAGCAGUAGAAAGGACGACACUAAAUGACAUCCACAUGCAAACGAUCAAGAGUCUCACAUCUCCUCGUAAAGUGUUGCUGACUUCAAACCGACUAAGUCCACGUAGCGCGGCCAGUACACCAAAACGAUCACCGGCCAACAAUCGAAAAUCCAAGCUAGCGUCUCCUGUCAUCGGAACACCUGAUGAGAAACCAAAACAACCCAACGGACUGAUUAGGAGAGAUAGCUUCCACGAUAUUGGAUCAGACAGUGAAAUGGAUGAACCAUUCUUUAACUUCGACUCGGAAGAGAUGGAUGAUGAGGAACUUUACAGUGAAUCGCUCUUGGAAGAGCUUAAAAAACAACAGGAGAUGAACAAUAUUCAGCUUCAACAGCUUCAAACAGAAGAGGCAACAAGAAUACGAUUGAACCAAACCGUCAACAAACUUGACCACCAAGUGCAACAUCUCACAACGGUUCUUACAAGUGAACGGGAAAAGCACGCUGCGACUGAGACCGAGCUGAAUAUGAAGAACCUGGGUCUAGCUGACAAGCUCAAAGAGGCCCGGGGAGAGCUAACGGUUCUUCGUAGUGAAAUAGACGAUGUAAAGUGUUUACUUCAAGCUGCCGAGAGACAAGUCGACUCACUGAAGAAGGAACGAGAUAUGGAGAGUAUUGAGUCUGCCAGGAGACUGGCUGCUCUGGAGAGCAAGUUGACGAGACUUGAAUUUGAGAACUACAACCAGCAAACAGAAACAGAGAGCACAUUAGAGAUGAAUCAACACUUACAGGCCGAUGUGGAAACUCUAAGAGAUGAACUCGAAUUCAAGAACCAUAAAAUCGAAGAAUACGAGAGCAUAUUGCAGGCGGAAAGACAGAGAUUGAAGGACAUGGGACAAGAACUCCAGGGAACGUUAGAGAAGUUAGACAUACAAACCGAGACCAAUAACAAGUUGCUAGCUCAGCAAGACAAACAACAGGACAUGGUUAGAGCACUGGAACAACUAGUGGCCCUCAGAACUGAACUACAAGAGAGCAACUCCACAUGCGAGCAACAGGCUCAGAAAAUCCACUCUUUGUCAGAAGAACUGGAUGAAGCAAAGAUCAACAUAAGAACUUUGAAUAAACGAAAUGAAUCCGACAUUGAUUGUGUAAACAAUUUAAUGGAGUCCGUCAAGGGAUUAAAAAAGAACCUUGGCGAGAAAGAUAGCGAGUUGUCAUUCCUUAGAAAUCAGCUGGAGGAAAGCAAACUUCAACAACAGGAGCUGACAGAUAGUAUUGAAGAAAAGAAACGCACCAUAGAGAAAUUAAAAGACAAACUUGAUCGAGAAACAGAAAAGUUCAACAAGGAAAGACUGGAUCGCGAAACUGAAAUGAGUCAAUUAAGAGAUGAUCUUCGUCGGACGACUGAGCAGUACAGAGAAAUGAACCAGGCGCUUGCUCAGCAACAGCAGCAAAUGACUUCUCUGCAGUCUGAUCUGAAGGACAAGACUUCUACUGCGAUGUCCUUAGAAAACCAGCUCAGGAAUGUGGAAGAAUCUAAGGCCGAGUUGGAGUCUCGGUACGAGAGUCGUCUCAACCAAUUACAACACUUGAACGAAUCACUUGACGCGUCAGGGAUGAUUGAAUCACACGAGGCAGAACUGGACAAACUGAGAACCACGCAGGUAACCAUGAGUAAAGUGAUUGACAACUUAGAGGCGCACCGUCAAGAGAGAAACGAAGAAAUGGAGUUAUUACGAGGACAAGUGGACGAGAUGGAUGAGCUGAGAAGAAAUAAUGGCCUGCUGGAGACUCACUGUAAAACACUGAAUUACCAACUUGAGGUUGAGAUGUACGAGGCUAGAGAAAGGGAAGAAAAUUUCAAAACAGAAGUUGAGAGAUUGAGGAAGGAAUUAGAAAACGCAGAUGAGAAACAGCGAAGUGCCACAGAAACGAAGGACCAAAUUUUGUUGGAGAAACAAACCGUUGAGACUGAAUUGGCUGCCGCUAAGCUAAAUAUGGAGACAGCCUUAGAAGACGCCGAAUACAUGGCAGAAGAACUCGAGAGGACAAGACAAAUGGAAAAGCAAGGAUUUGAAGAAAAAGAAGAACUGAAAUCUAGACUUGAAUCCACCAUGGAGGAGAAAUUUAAAUUGGAGAAGGCUAUGCAAAAACACGAAGAGGAGAUUGCUCGACUGAAAGGUCAUCAAAACCCACAGCAAAAACUGCAGCAUCUGUUACUAAUUAAAAAAGAAAAUAAUGCCCUCAAAGAACAAGUAAACAAACUUAUCAAAGAAAGUCAGAAAUGCAGCUGCAAGGGAAAGAAAGUUCCGCUCGGCACCAAAAACGGAGGCGCAGAGAGUAAGAAAGAAGGAAGAUCAAAGGGUUGUUCUUCUGAAGAUGAGGGGAGCACUGGGACUGAACUAAGAGACACGGAUAAAGAAAAUGCCUUUGCCACCGCUACAUCAUAACCUUAACGGAACUGAGUCACAAAAAAAACCCAUUUUUUUAACAAAGAAGAUGUAAUACAGGAAACGUGCUUUGAGAAAGAAAACAGUGUUCAGUUUUUUAUCACGCCUACGUGGUACCACUAACGAGAGUUACUUUAAGUAUUGUCAGAAACUGCUGAUUCUUAAGUUCUGUUUAAACUCGUUCUCAGAGUAUUUCCUCACUCCAUUCUGCUCACCUCACGGUACAGUGUAAAGAGGGAGACCCUGUGAUGGAAGUGAGGAAUCCUUGGUGGCUAUCGCUUGUAGUAUCAGUUUUUAUAGUAGUUAACUUAUCCAGUUAUCACCACUGAGGAACGUCCUUUCUCCCCACGUCAGUUUUGAGUCUUCGAAAACUCAUUUUUCAUUAAGAACGUUUAACUUUUUUUUCACAAAACUGUCAGGUAGCAGUGCUGUCUCUUGAGUAAUCUCAAUAUUUUAAGAUUUUAAACGGUAAUGAUAAUGACGGUUAACUGCAGGAGACUUGAUUCAUUCGUAUCAUGAUUUUCGAGGUAGCUAUCAAGUUACAUUUAUCGAGUAAUUCAAAAUUCGCGCCAAUGUAUAGACACUAAAAUGUGUGAGCGAAUCAUGUGACUGAAUUAGCGUGAAACUCUCCCAGUCCUACCUGUUAUCACGCUCAAAACCUAAGGAUGCGUUUCUGGGGAGUGUAACGACAAAUAUAUACUUUUAGACGAGUGUUAUAGUUGUAAGCAGUGCUUACUGUUGCCUUGUAAGACAAGUUUAGUGAAUACAUAAGCUUCACUUUAGUUAUUGAAAACAAAUCAUAAAAAAACUGUUUCUUGAGCUCAAAUCGAUCUCACCUUUCACGUUUUCCAGACCGGACUUGAUAAGAGAUGGAGGAAGGGUAAAGUAAGGUCUUCGUUCGAGCUUAGAAACCUAUCGGGUCAGUGCUUAUCUCCGGGGUCCAUGGCAUG